CUUGUGUUUUGCGAGACCGGCAACGAGCGGAGCGCUACCGUGAUCGCGGCAUACCUGAUGGCCAUGUUUGGCCGGUCCAUGGUCCAGGCCUUGCAGUUCGUGUCGGCUCAGCGGUUCUGCUGCACCUUUGAUGAGGACACCAAGUACCGGCUGCAGAGCUUUGAGGAUCUCCUCCAUGCGCAGCAGAUGACCAUGCGUGCCAGCCAGGUGCAGGAGCAGCAUGGCCUGAAUUCUUCUCGCCAGCUGGCGGGUCAGCAGGAGAGCGCUCCGUCCAGGAAGAGAGGCAUCGAGGAUACCAUGGACGAGGAUGAGGAGAUGGACGAUUUCGCCAUGGACAUGGGCCGGUACGAGAACAGAUCUGCCUUUGCCCCUUUCAUCCAGGGUGAUCCUGAUGUGGAGAUGAUAGGAAGGAAGGGGACAGGACUGUAAAGGAAACUUGGUUUGAGUAUUUGCACUGGUCCCAUAUACAUCACCGCAUUUUGGGUCAUUCAGCACAUCCAUUCUACAGAACUAGGGCAUCAACGGAUGAACUCAUGGCAAUGAUCGGCGUCAACGGAAGACAGGGAACAGAUACCCCCCUUUUGAAGUUCUCUGAAUUGGCUUGGAGUCUGGAGCAGUAACUCAAAAAAGAUGUACCUGCGAUAAAAGAGGAAAUAAAAAUUAUGAGCAGGCAUGCAUGUUGCUAUUUC